ACUCUCAGCUGUCAGGCAUAUACUCUAGUCCCUUAAUUUGUGCCUGAGGAGAGUAGUCAGGCUGAGCAGCCACUGACUCCUUUGUCAACCAGAGUCUUUCUUCCUAACCUAGAAAAUUUUGUGAAUUAGUGUGAGCAGAGUCUCCCUUAGGAAAUAAAGUAUUCUGAAGUUACUUCAGCAGCAGGUCACAAGCUGUCAAGAAGAUGCAUUCAGUCACACCUAAGGACAGAUUUAUUACAUUCCAUCUCCAGGGCACCUGCCUACUGUAUCUUGAAAGAAUCCAGCUAGUUAGUUUUUGUGAAAUCCCCAAAUGAUUCCUUCUAGGAACACUGAGAACUGCAAUUUCUGGGGGAAGGGUGAUGACCUGUGCAUUGAAAUGACCUGCUCCAGUGGUGACAGUACAAAUUACUUCCAAGGAAAGGCUAAAAGGCCAAAUACAUCUUAAGACUGCCCUGAGAACACGGUGGGAAUUUCUCAUUUCUUUUCUCAUAAAGUCUGAGGACCAGGAACCUGUAUUUCCUCCCUCUGCCAUUCCUAGAAGAUGCAAAAUCACCUGUUUGUCUUGGGUAAUUGCUGAAGAGCUGCCCUGCUGCAGCAACACUUCCACAGUCAGGGUGCCCAUUCCAUUUAGGUGCUGAGACCACAACCAGAGACUGAGUUCUGCCUAUAGGUGGAGUCACCAACAGGACCCUAAAGAAGAUUUGAAAAGCAGAUUAGGUUCCUGAGGUUAAGUGCAGCUUGCCCUGGAUUUACAUAUUACUGUUAGACCAAACAGGGUUUAGCCCUGUCCCUGAUAUUUUGGGACCCUGCUCUGACAUGGCAGCCCUUUGUGAGUUGAUUCUUGGAUAAGAUCCUGGUUUUCAGCAUGAAGGGAAGAGCUGGCCGCGGUGCAUGGGAAGCGGCCGAGGUGCAGCAGCCGCGUCCCUGUGACCGAUACAAACACGCCUGUGCUGUUUGCAGAGGCUUUGUUUAUCUCUACGGAGGCCAUGGCAGCACCACGCUGAGGGACUUUUGGAGAUACCACACAGUGAAAAAUGAAUGGGAAAUGUUGGAUUGCUCAAGAGAUGGUCCAGAAGAAUUGGAAGAACAUUCAAUGGUGGCUUAUAAGGGCAGCCUGUAUAUUUUUGGUGGGAUGGUGGAUUCUGCUUUCACACAAGCAAAAACUCCUCUCUGGAUAUAUGACAUUGAUUCCGCAAGAUGGACACAGAGCUGCAACGAACCAGCAGAGACGGAGAGCUCUGCACCAGCUAACAGAAAAGGUCACAGUGCAGUCGUGUACCAUUCCAGCAUGUACAUCUAUGGGGGAUACUUUGGCAUCAAAGGCAUUUCUCAGGAGUUUUGGGAAUUCCAUUUUGGUACAAGGAAGUGGUUGUGCGUCUCCAGCCCCUGUCACAGCAGUGGUCCCGGAGCACGGCACGGCCACUCGGCAGUGGUUUAUCACACAGCCAUGUACCUCUUUGGGGGGCUGAUGGGGCUCACUGAACAGAGGGACUUGUGGAGGUGGGACUUUGGAAGCAGCAGCUGGUCCAGCAUCAGAACAAGCCAAGGACCUCCUCCAGUGGUAGGUCACGCUUCAAUAGUCUGCAAAGACUCUAUGCUGAUUUUUGGUGGAGGGAUUUCAAAUUCCAGCCCUAAUGAUGACCUCUGGAAGUAUAAUUUCCAUACGCAGACAUGGAAGAAGCUUAGUAGUACUACAAAGGGAAACUUUUCUCCUAAAAUGUAUCACUGCAUCUUAGGAAUUGGUGCGGAUUUCCAAACUACCUCAGAUUUCACUGAUACAUUCCCCAGCCACUGCAAGAGUGAGCAGAAGGACCAUGCCCUGCUGGUGCCCAUCCUGAGGCACUCUGGCUUUUGCAGCUUCUUCCAGCCACAGCCCAUAGAGCGGAGCAAUGCCAUCGAAAUGAAAACCUUCAGCCUGCCCCUGGAGCCAGCAGAAUUCCCUGCCUCCCAGACCACUUCAGAGGCAGGACUAGGCCCAAAGAGAGACAGGAGCUGUUUGUCUAAGGACAAGUCUCUCCAUCUGUUGGCCUGUUCAGGAGAGGCUUUUGCUGCUGCUCAGGCUGUGGGUGAAGAGGAGAGACCCAGCUGUGGGUGUGUGGCCACGGGGGGCGAGAUCAGCAGUACCAACACACUGCUGCUCAUUGGGGGCAAACCUUUGUCCAGCUUCUCUGAGAUCUCCUUCAGGCAAAUGGAGUUUGAUUGCUUGUGAUUGCUUUGCUUGCAAAGUGAAGGAAUAAAUUUCCACCACCGUGGCAGUAGGUGGAAAACCAACUGCUUGCAACUGUCUUCAGCUUCCUAUCAGCACGCUGGGGAAAAAAAUAAUUAAACCUUCUCAUACUUGCUGCGAACAGAUUUUUUACAAUGUUAACAAAACCCGACAUAUAUUUAAGUCACAAUUUGCAUGUAAGUUGUGAUUUCUGAGAGAAGCUUGUUGGAAUGCUGCUCUUUUUGCUACUUUUCUCCUGGUCACUUCAUACCCUUUCAAAUUGGCAAUGGCCAAUGCUGCCUUGAAAAUCAGAACUGCCUUAACCCAUACUGGCUCCACAACAUGCCAUUUCAGGGGCAAAGCUUGCUUGUUUUGCAUGGGCAUAAGAGAGAAAUACAGUCACAUUUGAGGGAUUCAAUUAGUCUUAACAGGAAUUUUCUCUAAGAUUUUAAAGAUUUUAUAUUCUUGAAUUUUCUUUGCACAAUAUAUUUGGAACAUAAGAUGGCCUACAACAAAGGAACCCAACAGACAAAUCAGUAACUCAAUUCUAGAAGAUAUUCAAGGAUUUGAGGAAGUGAAACCUUGAGGAAGUGAAACAAUGAGUGCCCCCUGGAAAUCAUCAGCAAGGACCAGAGGAAGGGCAUUAUACCUGUAAGAACAAAGGAUGUGCCAAAUGAGUGUUAGCUUUAAUAACUGAACACAGACUCAAAAGGGUUUGAUUUCCUACAGCAGGGUGGGAAGGGAACAGAAACAGGACAGCUUAACAGAGUGGCACAAAGCAUGGGCUGUUUUGACUGGUAACUCAUGUUUUAGCCCUAAAGAGAUUUCUGCUUUUCCAACCCCAUCUCUCUUUUAUCACCCUAUGUAGUACUUGUUACACAUUUCCCCUCUGUAGUGGUAAAUUCUGAGUUCAUAUAUGGUUUUUCUUCGCUGAAAAGAAAAAGUGCUUGUUUUGCAAGGUAAUAUUGUCCAGCGUUCAAAGCAUUUAUUUCCAUAGAAGUUACUAAAUACUGGCCUUCUGACAGAACAUCAGCUGUCUGUAAGAGCUGCUGGUAUCUGAAAUUACCUGAAAGUGUAAGUUAAUGCUUCCAAAUAGUUGAAAAGUUCACUUUUCAAAAUAUUUGGAAAUACUAACUUCCAGAAAGUUCACUUUUCAGAAGUUUCAUAGAACAAUGACUUUCAAGUAAUUUACAGAUUUCAAGAAUAUUUACAGAUACUUUCAUCAUCUCUUCACAAGUAACUGUCACAUGAAUUCAACAAGAAAAUUAUACACGGAUUUGCAAAAGCUACUUAAGAGUUACUUGGACCAUCCGUGACCUUCACCUGGAAACAAAGAGGAUUACACACUGCCAUGUGAAUAAAGCCUGCUCCAUUUCCUAUCA